UCAUAGUAUUUAUAUCAUUUGAUAGAUUGAAAAAAGCGCUUUCAUUUUCAACUUACAACCCAAAGAUUGACCCAAAGAAUUAGAUUUUGGGUUGAGUCUGAAAGGUUUACCUUUUUGUAUUUUAAACUUUGUGUUCAAUCAUUACGAUGUUACUUUUAAUCUUUAUCACCUCUUUAAGUACAAUAAGCUAUUGUUAUGGACAAGAAAGUCCAAAAGUGAAUCCAUUUGCACCAAUGAUAAAACCAAUGAUCGGAGGUAAAACAUCAUUUGCCUGUCAAAGUCUAUUUGGAUCACCACCUCUUUCAAUUUCUUGGUAUAAAAAUGGAAUACAAUUAACUGAUUCAUCAUCUACUCGAAUUAGAACCAAUGAAGAUUCAUCAAUGUUAACAAUUGAUUCAAUUAAAUCAAGUCAUUCUGGUAACUAUACUUGUAAAAUAUCAAAUAGAUUUGGUUCAGAUGCUUUUACAUCAGAGCUUCUAGUUGAAGGCUCUCCUAAUUGGAUAUCUCAGCCGAAAGACACGAUUAAAGUUAAUUAUGGUGAUUCCAUGACAGUUCAAUGCAGUGCAUCAGGUUAUCCAAAGCCUAAUGUAUCCUGGAAAAGGUUCAAAGACUCAUUAUGGAUCAACCCAAUUGAUGCAAAUAUAAUUGUUGAAAAAAUCGAAGGUUACAAUCAGCAAACACUGAUCAUUCGUAAUGCAACUCGUGAACAUAAUGGCAAAUACAGUUGCACCAUUUCCAAUGGGAUUAAGCCUGACCUUUGGUCAGAGUUCGAGAUAACAAUCGAGGGUUUUUGUAGCUCAUCAUGAUUCACCUUGAUCACAUCUUGAUUUUAUUCAUUAUCUCUUCGUGUUUUGGUCAAGAAAGUCCGAAAGUGAAUCCAUUCAGUCCAUUUAUCAAACCAGUGAUCGGAGGAAAAACAUCAUUCACUUGUCAAAGUCUCUUUGGAUCUGCACCAUUUCAAAUGAUUUGGUAUAAAGAUGGAAAACAAAUUAACCAAG